AUGAAGGAAGUGAACUUGGAGAAUGGAAAUACUAAUCGUCUCAAGCAUCCAUUCAAUGAUUUUUGCAAACAAAUCGGACACACCUCGAAAAAAUGCCAUAUCUUUUCGGUAGAGCCCAAGGAGAAAAAGUCCAAUACCCAAGCCGAGAAGACCAAGCCAUCUAGGGACAAGGACUCCACAAAAGCACCUGUGGUGACAAAGCAACCCGCUACCAAGGUGGCUGAUAUUGCGCCGAAAAUCUCCACCUAUGGCCAACAUACCUCAAAGAACAAGGAAGUGAUGGAGGAAAAGACCCUUGAAGCGGCUUCAAAUCGGGAGAGUUUGCACCAAGAAAAAGCCGAAGGCAAAAAGCCCUUAAGCGUGAGCGAUAGUGAUGAUGAUGAGGUUAUGGAGCUCGAACAUCCCGCUCAACCGAAAGUGGAGGAGCAACCCUUCCAAUUGGUGACUAAGAAAAACAAAAAUUCGAAGCAUGCCAGCUCAAUUCAGCAACAAAUCCAGUUGCAUAAAUAUAUCACACAUAACAAGACAGAACACAACGUUUCUCAAGUACAAGCACCACAAACAAGCAAAGAAAACAUGGCAUCAGAACACACUCAGCAGAAGUAUAGGACCCCAACACCAAAGGCAACUAUUGCCAAAAUCCUGCAUUAUUCAAGAGACUGUAGUGUGCUCCGCAUGCAUAAAUAA